AUGGAAAGCUCGGAAGCUGUAUUUCCAAAAUCAAUGUCUACCAAUCCUGCUACUACGGUUAAUGGUAAGACCAUGUUUUCUAAACCAAAUCAACCUACGAAGAAGGCGCUUAUUUCUGCUAAUAUUAGGUCUAUCCGCCCAUGUUCAUGCUGUCAAAUAAGAAAUGUAUUGAAGAACAGGAAGCUCUCAGUCACUUUGAAGGAACUGCAAGGCGAGAUCAGAGAGGCAGAUUCGUUCUGUAACUGCCAUUAA